GACCCUCACAGCUCAGAGGAGGAGCAGAGGAGCCUUCUGGCCCUCCCACCGGCUAUAAAACCAGAGGCAGACGGAAACACUCAGACAGCAGGCACACGUGGAGCAAAGAGGCAGAGAGGGAGAAAGGAGAGAGAGAAAGAGAGAGAGAGAGAGAGUCAAACUGCUGCCACAGACUGGGAGUAGUUUUUGCAACUGGAAUUGAAACAGACAAAUAUAGAAACAAAGGACCAAGACAGAGGACCAAGAAAAAGAGGACAAAUCAACAACCACUUGACUUCAACAUGCCAUUGUAAAUGUGCUUCCUGUCAAAGGAUUAACUGAAAGAGGAACUGACCUUUGGGAUGUGAAGUAUUUUUGUGUGAAACCAACAGAGAAAAACAAGAGGGACCUGGAACGUGCACCCACCUGUGACACAGCAGCUCUUAGGUCAAGGCACUCUUGAUUGACUUAGGAUCAACUUGUUGAUCUUUCAGACCAAGACUAACUCAGCCUUGUUAGGGCUACAUCUGAGUUACCUGGCUUAACAACUUUGGCAAAGACGAGAAGUUGGGUUUAAGUGACAUUUUGAGAGGUGGACACCUUCACGAAGCAACACCUACAGAAACUUUGCUGUAGCUUUGCAGAAGCCUAACAAGUGGAAAUCUCACGAGCAUCGAUCAGUAGCUAUCAGACUAUCGUUGCGAUUAAUAUGACAUUCGCCAUGCUGCGCACAGCGCCUCCCGCAGGCCGUUUCUUAUAUGGCGACAUUGCACUCCUGUCUGAAGACGAUGAUGAGAAUGGGAGCGAGGGGUCAGGCUCUGAGGAGCGUAGCACCAACUCCUCCAACUCCGCUGCCUUCCGCCUGUCCUCCUCGUCCCCGUCUGCUUUUCACAUCAAGGUGAACAGGAAGAGGAAGCUGUGUGGGGGUGGAGGGGGUGGAGGGGUAGGUGUAAGUGUAGGGGGCAUGGUGGGGAGGCUUGGCCCCCCGGGCUCAGCCCCUGCUGUGGAGGUUCGGCAGAGGACCGCAGCCAACGCACGGGAAAGAGAUCGCACCAAUUCUGUCAACACAGCAUUCACAGCGCUGCGCACACUCAUCCCCACCGAGCCUGCAGACAGGAAGCUGUCGAAGAUUGAGACGCUACGUUUGGCCAGCAGCUACAUCAGUCAUCUGGGGAACGUCUUGCUCCUGGGUGAGGGGCUUCAUGACGGACAGCCGUGCCACGCUCCCUCACCACCAUUUUUCCAUGUUAACUCCUCCCCCAACCGAGGAUCUGACCAAUCAGCUCAGCCAAAGCACAUCUGUACUUUCUGCCUCAGCAACCAGAGGAAAAUGAACAAAGACAGAGACAGGAAGACGGCCAUCAGAAGCUAACAGUGAGGACACACACCACAUGGAUAAAUUGCUUGUCACUUUGACAGCGCUUUCAGUGAUUUUACAAUUACUGCAACUUGAAGAUUUACAGACUUGUGAUGCAAGAACUUUUGAAGGACUUCAGUAGCACUUCCAGGACUUUUCAAGGAACUUUAUGAAGCAUUUCUUUUUGUUGACUUUUUAUAUUGCUUUACAGGAACUUUUUAAUUUUAGAGUGUUUUCAAAUAGGAUUGAAACACUUCUGAAAAGUUUAACUAUACUUUUAAAGGGCUUUUGCAUUGUUAUCAACACUAUGGAGUACCUUUCAACAACACUUAAAGGAGACUUUUUACUGUAUUGACUCAGUGACUUUGUUCAGAGUCUAAGGAACUUAUGGCACAUGAUCGAAAAAACACACAAAAAACCCAUGAAAGACAAAUUUGUAUUCAUCAAAAGCUGUGUGUUAUUAAUGUGUAAACUGAAAUAUAAAUGUAUAUUUAUGUGACAUAACAUUAUAUAAUGAAACUAUGUUAUUUAACAGGCAUAUUGACAUUCUUGACAAAUAAUGAGGAUUGCUUUAAGGUACAGAGCAUUGGUUAUUGACGCAGUUCAAGGCAUCACAAAAACAAACCAAAAAAACAUGCUGGAAUUUUUGUGGUAUUGGUUAUUUCUGGUAAUCUUUUCUGAAAGUUAAUGCUGGAAAAUAACUCAAGAUGACCAAUAAAUUUUUUGUAUAUCUGGAA